AUGGACGCUCUGCGCUUCGGCAUCCAAACAGGCGAGGUCGUUCUCCAUCAGCUAUUGAACUUGGCGCAUCACGAGCGCCGCUCAAUCGUCGGACAAGGUCCAUAUAUCGACAUCUACCUUGGCGAUAUCCGAGUUUACAAGCGCACUUCUCGACCCUUACUUUUCGCGUCGUGUCCGGAUAUUGGUCGCUUCCUGUCGCCGAUACAGGGUUCCUUCGCGGUGUGUCUACCAGAUGGAUUUACCAACGCCUUAACGGUCAAGCUCGCGGUCUUGUACAUGGAGCAGUAUUUGCUCAGUCCCAGGGUUCGCGACGUGCCAUGGAAGGUCAGCGACGAUUUUGCGUCGUACAUUUGCCUGGCUGAGCUGUUCGCGUAUAGCGGCAUGUCGCAAGCUACUUAUAAACUCGAAAUUGCAAUCAUCCAGGGUAUGCGGGAGCGACCACUCGAUGUUGAACAGAUUCGUGGCACCCUGGCGCGCGAGCAAGCGCGUCGUCCGUCCAGAUAUGCCGAAACGUUGGCGAACAACAUCUUCACAUUUACAUGCGUAGCCAAGAUCGAGCUAUUCAUGCUCGAGUACGAAGUAGAGCCGGCCAAGUCGUACGAGGACCGGGUGAAGGGAGGGAUACAGAGGAGAGCGGCCACAAUUUCGAAACCUGUUGGGCAAGCACAAGGUCGCGCAAGGCGGCAGAUGAAGCAGGUCGAGGACAUGCUGGCAGAUACGGCCAACCUUGCGCUCAAGCAGUUGGUGUGGACAGAAAACAUCCUUCCGGUUACAUUGCCAUCACAGCCUGCAGCAUGGCUCGAAAUUGGACUUGUGGGCGCCCGAGGCACAGCCGAUGGUCAUUCCGGAUUGGGGAAGAUUUUGCUCAAGAGGGCGAGUGACUUGGAUUUAUAG